UUCACUUCCUCCUCUCUCUCUCCUCCUGACAGCUAGCCACCAAACCAUCGCUUCACUCACCCGCCCGAUCGCGCCGCCAUGGCCGACAAGCCUCCCCCGCCGGCGCCGGCAGCGAAUCCCAAGCCCAAGCCCAUGCCGGCCGCGGCUGCUCCUGGCGCGCCGGCGAGGACGACCCCGCCGCUCAAGAAGCCCCCGCCACUCGCUCCGCCGACGCAGGCGCGCCCGCUCAAGCCGCCGCCGGCGCACCAGUUCCGGCAGCAGCAGCAGCAGCCGGCGGGUGGGCGGAAGCGGCGGUACCGGGGCCACCGUGGCGGAGGGUGCUCGGGGAGGCGGGUGUGCUGCCUCGCCACGGGGUUCGUCCUCCUCGCCCUCUGCCUCGCGCUCGCCGCGGCGUGCCUCGCAUACCUCUACUACCACCCGCGCCCGCCGUCGUUCCACCUGCAGCCGCUCGCCGCCACGCGGUUCCGCGUCGGGAACUCCUCCGCGGUGUCCGCCAUGGACGUCACCGUGGCCGUCAAGGUGGUGUCGUGGAACCCCAACGACAGGGUCUCCUUCGACUACGGAGACGGCGAGGGCCGCGUCGCGCUUGCCGACGCCGACGGCGACGUCGCGCUCGGGUGGGCGCCCGUGGGCGGGUUCCGCCACGCCGCCCGCAGCGUCGCCACGGUCGGGUUCGUGGCGGCCGCCAGGGGCGUGGUGGUCGACGACGCCGUGGCGGCGCGCGUCCGCGACCGGUACAGGCGGCGGCAGCUGGCGUUCAAGGUGGUGGUGGACACCCACGUCGGCGCGCGCGCCGGGGCGGUGCGCACCGGCAUGGUGCCCGUCCGGCUGCUCUGCGACGGCGGCACCAUGGCGCCGCGCGGCGGCGUGUCCGGGACCGUGGUGGGGCCCAUGAGCAAGUGCCAGGUGUACCUCUUCAGAGUCAGAUGGUUUAGCUUGAACUGAAGAACAAAAGAAGAAGAAAAAAAAUCCAGGACAGGAAGUGCCUACUAGUAGCUGCUUACAAUCAGGCUAAUGUCAGUGGCGUCGAAGCUGCUGCUGCUGCUGCCGUAACUUAUUUGCAUUUCCUGCCGACGAGAAGACGACGAUUUGGUUUUGUUUGGUGGCCACUAUAUAUAUAAUCUCAGGUUCUGAACACUCUGAAGACUCUGAACCUUGAUGAUUAUAGUUCCUUGUAAGAAGAGAAGAAGCGAGAAGUUUGUAAGUGUAUAUGCAUGACUCCUAGUCCCAGCUCUCCAAUUCUUUUGAUUGUGUGGUAUAUAUACAAACAUAGCAGGAAUCGAGUGAUUUGUUCUUUGUGUGUU